ACACAGUAAAGAACCCAAGUCGAGCUAACAAGUUGGCUGCCAAGCUAACGUGAACAUCAAACAAAUACCAAAUUUUAAAUCAAACUUUUCAAAUCGACGUGCAAAAUGAACACGUCACAAAUAGUAAUCAUGAUAUGUUGCAUAGUCGGCGUCGCACAAACCGCGCUGGCGCUCAAAGAGGACGACUGUGAAGUUUGUGUGAAAACUGUUAAACGUUUUGGUGACACACUGGACGAAGCCACGAAGAAGGACUACAAACUGAUUGAAACGGCAUUUAAGAAAUACUGCAAGACACAGAAAAACAAGGAACACAGAUUUUGUUACUACCUGGGUGGCCUUGAGGAAUCGGCCACAGGUAUAUUAAAUGAACUGAGUAAGCCAAUGAGCUGGUCAAUGCCAGCGGAGAAAGUGUGUGAAAAGCUGAAGAAAAAGGAUGCACAAAUUUGCGAUUUACGUUAUGAGAAACAAAUUGAUUUAAACAAUGUAGACCUCAAGAAGCUGAAAGUGCGCGAUCUGAAGAAGAUCCUUAACGAUUGGGAUGAGAGCUGUGACGGUUGUCUGGAAAAAUCCGAUUUUAUAAAGCGCAUCGAGGAGCUGAAGCCCAAAUAUUCGCGCAAUGAACUGUAAAUAAAUUAUCUUAGCUAUUUACGAGAUACACGCCCACUCAAUACAACAAAAACACCCACAUACACAUAUAUUUUAGUUAAUUUACAAUUUUGAUAGACUUUGAGAGAAAUAAAUAUCUAUUUUGAAAUAUAAAAAGGAAAACAAGAAAAUGUGAGAAAAGAUACACAAUAAACACACAAUGACCUCGUACACUU